CUUUAUCUGUAUAAAAUGAAUUCUCCUCUAUGUUUCUUUCCAUUUCCAAAAUGGCAAAACAAUUCUUCAUUCUGUGGCUGGCUUUGUCUUCACAAAUUCUAUUGACAGAUGCUUUUAUCUAUCAGAAUGCCAUUGAAAUCUACAGCCUGCACAUUGACUGCAAAGUUAUGUCGCGGUAUGCCCACACAGUCAUCACCAGCAGAAUUGUCAACAGGGGAAAUGAAUCUAAGGAGGCUGUUUUCGAUGUGGAACUACCCAAGAAAGCAUUCAUCACAAACUUCAGCAUGACCAUAGAUGGAGAAAUAUAUCCUGGAAUAAUCAAGGAGAAACAGGCUGCUCAAACUCAGUAUGAGUCUGCCAUUUCACGAGGUCAAAGUGCUGGAUUGGUCAAAUCAGCUGGAAGAAAAUUGGAAAAGUUUAGUGUUUCAGUUAAUGUUGAAGCAGAAGGUAAAGUUAAUUUUGAAUUGCAUUAUGAGCAACUACUCGAUCGAAAGCUAGGGAAAUAUGAAUUGAUCACCAAAGUCAAGCCCAAACAACUGGUGAAAGACUUUCAGAUUGAUAUUCACAUCUUUGAGCCACAAGGCAUAGCCUUUUUAGAAACGGGAAGCAGUUUCUUGAGCAAUGAAAUGAAUGAUGCUGUCAUAAAGACACAGGAGGAGACCAAGGCUCAUAUUUCAUUUAAACCAACCUUAAGUCAACAAAGGAAAAACCCUGAGUCUGAAGAAACUCUUCUAGAUGGAAAUUUCAUCAUACGUUAUGAUGUUAAAAGGAAUGUUCCCGUAGGUGACAUACAGAUCGUGAAUGGUUAUUUUGUCCAUUAUUUUGCACCCAAAGAAAUGCCAGUAUUUCCAAAAAAUAUCAUCUUUGUUAUAGAUCAAAGUGGAUCUAUGAGUGGCAAUAAAAUUCAGCAGACUAAAGAAGCAUUGGGAAAGAUUUUGGAAGAUCUGGAUCCUAAAGACUAUUUUAAUUUAAUUGUCUUUAAUUGGCAUAGUUCAUACUGGAAUCCCACUUUGUUGCAAGCCAGCAAGAAGAAUGUGGAAUCAGCUAAACAGUAUGUUCAAACCAUUCAGGCUGGUGGAGGAACGAAUAUUAAUGAAGCUCUUUUGACAGCCAUUAAUUCUCUGGAUCAAGCCACCCGUGAGGAGUCAUUGCCAGAAAAAAGCAUUUCGAUGAUCAUUUUGCUGACAGAUGGUGACCCCACUGUUGGUGAAACAAAUCCUAAACUAAUACACAAAAACAUAAAGCAAGCCAAUCAAGGAAAGUAUUUCCUCUACUGCCUUGGCUUUGGAUUUGAUGUAAGCUAUAGUUUUCUGGAGAAGUUGGCCUUAGACAAUUCGGGAUUGGCUCGACGUAUAUAUGAGGACUCAGAUGCAGCCCUUCAGCUCCAGGACUUUUAUAGUGAAGUGGCUAUUCCCAUCCUGAAGGAGAUUAAUAUAAAUUACAUUGACAGUGCUGUAGAGGGUGUCACUGAGAAUAACUUUAAGUUGCUCUAUGACGGUUCUGAAAUUGUAGUGGCUGGAAAACUUGACAGUGAAAUUGAUACUUUUUCCUUGGAAGUAAAAGCUCAGGCGCAUGGAAGCAAUUUGACCCUGAAAGAAAGUGCUAAUGUCAAAGAGAAAGCGCAAGCUUUUGAAUAUCAGAAAUACAUAUAUGGAAAUUUCAUUGAAAGUUUAUGGGCCUAUUUAACCAUUCAACAGCUAUUAGAAAAGUCCAUUUUGGAGCAAGGAGCAGGGAAGAAAAAUCUGGAAAACCAAGCAUUAAACCUCUCCCUGAAGUACAGCUUUGUAACACCCUUGACUUCCAUGGUGGUCACUAAACCAGAGGCCAAAGAGUUGGUUAACAAACCAACAGAACAAGAUAAUGAGUAUUUCCAGGAACAAAAUCCACGACUUGCUGGAAGUUCACAUUUGUUUAGACAUCCAUCCCGUGGUGUACCAGGAUUGCUUUCUACAAGUGCCAGGUUUAGGGCUUCUCCUCCUAAACCCUCAGGUACACAAUUAUUGGUUUCCUCAAGUGCCAGGCUUCGAGGUCCUCCUGCCGCUGUGCCUCAUACAGUUGUUCACCCAGGAUAUUCCGGGACUGUAGAUCCCCAUUUCCUUUUUCAAGUACCUCAUGAAAAAUUUUUAGUUUGUGUAACUUUUAGUUGUCAGCCACAAACACCCUUAAAUCUGUUGUCGGAUCCAGAGAAAGGGAUCCAAGUGACUGGCAAGUUUGGUGAAAACAAGCAUUUUACACAGUUUGAAAUAAUUUAUCCGAGGCUUAACCUGGAAAUAAAUGUGUCAACAAAACAAAUUACGCUAAAAAGUAAUGGCUCCAGUGACUCUUUUAUGUGGAAUGACACAGAAUCUUUAACAACUGAAGGGCUAAACAUUACACUGACAAGUGGAGAGAGUCUCUUUCUGUCAGGACCAGACAACCUUGUGACCAAAAUUUUCUAUAUACCUCCUCCACUGGAUCGGCUUGGGUUGUACUUUGAGAACAGCAAUUCUUUUUCUAAACAAGUUACUGGACUUUUUGGUCCGUUUUUCUCUGAUACAUAUUUUGAAAUACAUUCUGGCCAAAUAAGAUUCAUUUCUGUACAGGGACAGCUCUAUUUAUCCACCAGGACACGUGGGAAGGAUUAUAGAACUGGAUCUAGUCAAACUGAACUUUUCUGCUGGCCACUGCAAAUAAAAAAUUAAAGAACACUUAACAGCAGAAGAUUUUUACUGCCUAAUGUCCAUGAUUUUAUUGAAUAGCAUAAAAUCUUCCACAUGUUCUUCAGUUUAAUUACAUUAUGGAUAUAAGAGUGAAUGGCCACACUUGUUGAAUAACAGUGCUAUGUCCAUAAAAUUUGGUACCUUGUGGAAACUUAAAUUCAAAGAACUGUUUUUGUUUUCUAAAAAAUAAAAACAAAAGCCUAUUAUUGUCCUUA